AUGUCUUUAUGGCGAUUUAAAGUAUUAACACUCGAAAUUGUUGAAAAAUGGUCAAAGUCGUAUGAAAGAGGUUUAAAACAGUUUAGUAAAAAGCAGACGGUGACAUUGGAUUUAUGGACAAAUGCAUACCAAUGGACUACAUCAAACAGGUCGAUUCUUUGGCCUGAACUUGAUGAUACAAUUGAAUAUUAUUAUUCCUUUGAUCAAUAUAAAAUUAAAGCAUUCAAUGUUUGGUGUGUCACAUUACCAGUAGACAAAUUAAGAUGGCUAAAUGGUCUUUGUGACUGUCCCGUAUUUUUUAAGAAAUUUAUGUGUAAACAUGUUGUUGGCAUGGCAAUCAGAUUGAACUACUGCAGACCACCACCUGCUGCCAAAGAUAUUCCACCUGAUGAGAAACGACGUCGAGGUAGACCAUCAAAAGCGAAGAAAGCGUUACUGAUUCAAUAG